AAACAAAACAUGUCACUGUUUAAUAAUUUGUCAAAUUUAACACAACAAAUUAGAAAAAAUAUACUGCAAAUUAAGUUUUUUUAAAUACCUUUUUGAUACAUUUGUACAUAUUUAAAAAAUAACAACAAGUAUAAAUUGUGAGUGACUGUGAUUUAAACAAUUUUGUUAUUUUGAGGUUAUACAUGUUUUGAUGUUUUAUAACAAUGUAAACAAUGUUUUAACUUCAAUUUAAUUAUUAAAAUAUUAACUGGUUUUAAUUUAAUUUGUUAUGAAUAAAUUGUGCAAUAAGAAUGGCCGAAAUAGAAGAAGAUAAUGAAUUUGGUACAGACACUUGUUUAAUAACUCCGAGAAAAUUGGAACCACAAAAUAUUGCAAUUCGUUUACGACGAAGAGAAACCCUGGGAUGUUCAUAUCCAGGAACACAGGUGUUAAUUGCCAGGCAAUUUUAUCAAAAUGUCUUUCCAAAUUUCACGGUUGUCAAUGUUGAAAAACCGCCUUGUUUCCUGAGAAAAUUUAGUCCAGAUGGAAGAUAUUUGGUUGCAUUCAGUUUAGAUCAAACGUCGAUUGAAAUUUAUGAAUAUCAAGGUGCAUCGGCUGCUGCUGAUCUUUUAGAUGGCUGCGAGGGCGAAUAUAUCGGACAAAAGAAUGAAGAGACUUUUCAUAUUCGCAGGGAUAUUUUCAAACGUUUCUUUAAAAUCAAAUGGAUUGUUAAUGUUGUACAAAGUAAUGAACAACUGAACAGAGAAUGUAGUUUAUUUACCGAUGAUGAACGAUACGUUAUUGUUGGUUCCGCUGCUCAUAUUCCUGACGAUCUUAGACCUCAUUUUUAUCAGAUUUACUCGAACAACGAGGCACUUACGCCAAAUCCAAGAUCUCCUCUCGAAGAUUAUAGUUUACAUCUCGUUGAUUUGCGCUGUGGUAAACUUUGUGAUACACGACACUUUAAAGUCGACAAGAUUUAUUUGUCCCACAAUCAAGGCCUCUAUCUCUACAAAGAUAUUCUAGCAGUACUGUCCGUACAGCAUCAAACGAUUCAUAUUUUUCAAUUAUUAGACGGAAUGUUUAUUAACGUUCGGACCAUUGGCAGGUUUUGUCUCGAGGAUGAAGCGUAUUUAGUCACAAGUGCCUGGCAUGGAAUUAAUUCUAGACCAUUUAGAGAUGCCACGAUUAAUAGUCUUAAACAUAAACUUUUAGUCUAUCUCUAUAAACGUGCCGAUUAUAUAAGUUACACAAAUCGGGACCCUUACGAAUUGAGACGCUUUUAUCAAUAUUUCGAUGUGUACAAUUCCCUGAGAAUGUGGAAAAUGCAAUUACUAGACACAAAUCACAUUCUUGUUAGAUAUGCAACUGAAGAUGUUGCAACAUUACAGGCCAGUGAGCCAAACGCACAACCAGCUUUACUAGUAGUUUACAAUAUGGUCACUGCUAAAGUUUUAGCAGCUUACGAUAAUGCUUCCACACAAUUGUUGACUCAAUUUGAGAAUUUCAGUGAUUUUUUCCGAAAUGCCCGCGUGAGUUCCGACUGUCAAUUUAUGUGCUCGCCUUCAAAUAAUAUUUACGCCAGAAUUAUGCAGCAGAGAUUCAAGCAGACAAUAGUCAGUGCAAGAUACGGAGGUAUAACGGAGGCGACAAAAAGAUUACUUGCUCAAUUGCCGAUUUGUGCACAAUCGUAUUCAAGUUCACCAUAUCUCGAUCUUUCUUUAUUUUCUUACGACGAUAAAUGGGUGUCAAUGAUGGAACGUCCAAAAGCUUGUGGCGAACAUCCCAUUCGAUUCUACGCACGUGAUUCGGGACUUUUGAAAUUUCGAAUGUACGCGGGAAUGUUGGGAAGAACACCGCCGGUCGUUGCCAGAAGAUUAGUGGCCUUCACAUUUCAUCCGACUGAUCCUUUUGCAAUUUCAGUCCAAAGAACCAAUGCAGAAUAUAUUGUCAGUUUUCACGUUCGGCACGUGUGAUUAUUUCAAGAGAGAAGAAUUUUUUCUUUUAGAAAAAAAUAGAUUUUUUAUUUAAUUUUUAUAGGAAUGUUAAUUAUUUAUAUAUUCACAUCGUUUAUGAAUUAUUAAUUAAUAUUUAUUAUUAUUACUAUUUUUAUUAUACAUAUAAUAAUAUGUCUAUGAUAGUGUUUUGUGCUGUUUUUUGAUAAUUAUGCCUCUACUGCAGAAUAUUACCAGGAUUUUUGUCUAUAAAAUUACAUAUCAAGAGAAUAUAAAUUAGUUUAUAAUAAUUGAUUUUAUUCAAAGUUUUCUACGUACAAAUAAAAUGUUUAAUAUUUACUGAA